AUGCUAUUUUGGGUUACAGCGGAUGUGAAGAAGCUCGUGGAAGGUCAGGGUGCAAAAUUCAGCACUACCGUGACAGGUGACUGCACACAUCUGGUGACCAGCCAGAGAGAGGUGGAUAACAACAAUUCCAAAUGCUUUUCAGUGUACAUUGACCCAGCAGGGCUGAUUUGGGAUGCCACUCUCAACCAGACUGUUUCUGCCAAUAACGCCAACAAAUUCUACCGCAUCCAACUGUUGGUUGACAGGUCUGGAACUAACUUCAAAGCCUGGACCCGAUGGGGCCGAGUGGGCGAGUCUGGCCAACAUAGUCUUCUGGGAGGUGGUGAUCUUUCUGAGGCACAGAUUCAUUUCCAAAAGAAAUUCAAAGACAAAUCGGGUCUAUCCUGGGAUAACAGACUGGACCCCCCAAAGAAGGGCAAAUACACUUUCAUCGAGCGCAACUACGAAGAGGACUCUGAUGAAGAAAACGAUGAAGAUCAGGGCACAGCGAAAAAGAGCGACGAAGAGAAGCCAACCGUGAAGAGUGAGCUGCCUGACGAGGUCCAGGAUCUCAUGUCUUUCAUUUUCAAUCCGAACCAUUUCAUGAAUACAAUGGCUUCUAUGGACUACGACGCUAAGAAGUUGCCACUUGGAAAGCUGAGUAAGGGAACUCUGAGGCGGGGUUUCUUGAAGCUGAAGGAACUCUCCGAGCUCAUCGCGGAUCCCAAUCUGGCAGCCACUGAAUAUGGCACAUCCUUCAAUGCAGCUGCGGAGGACCUCAGCAACCAAUACUUUACUACUAUCCCUCACGUGUUCGGUCGUAACCGACCUCCCGUGUUGAAUUCCGACCAGCAUAUUAAAAAGGAGAUUGAGCUUCUUGAGGCCUUGACAGAUAUGGAAGUUGCAAACGGUAUCAUGAAAGAGUCGAAGGAUGCCGACACGAUCCACCAGUUGGACCGUCAGUUCCAGAGCUUAAAAUUGCAAGAGAUGACUCCUUUGGACCACUCUUCUACUGAAUUCAUUGAGCUGGAGAAUUACCUCAACCAGUCGCGCGCCUCUACUCAUCAUUUCCGCUAUAACGUCGUCAAUAUUUUCCGCAUUGAGCGUGAUGGUGAAAAUGAUCGAUUCCAUUCUUCCCAAUAUGGGAAAAUCAAGAACAGCGACCGCCGUCUCUUGUGGCAUGGAUCCCGUAGCACUAAUUUCGGUGGUAUCUUGAGCCAAGGUCUGCGCAUUGCGCCGCCAGAAGCCCCUGUGAGCGGAUACAUGUUUGGCAAAGGUGUCUACUUCGCGGACAUGUCCAGCAAAUCCGCCAACUACUGCUGCUCCUACAACAGCGGUGGUAUGGCUUUACUUCUGCUUUGCGAUGUUGAACUCGGAGACCCCAUGCUUGAAUUGGACCACAGCAACUACAAUGCUGGGGAAGAUGCCAAAAAGGGCGGCAAGAUUGCGACUCUCGGUAAGGGUAGAACUGUCCCGGCAGCUUGGAAGGAUGCUGGGAGUGUCAAUUCGCAGCUGCAAGGGGUGAGAAUGCCGGAUGUCUCUGCCUCAUCGAAGAGCGCCAACGCCCAGUCACUGAUGUACAACGAAUACAUUGUGUACGACGUCGCUCAGAUCCGCCAGAAUGUUCUUAAGCGGGAGUUUGGAGGUUAUGCUCUUUAA